GUAAUUUGGACGUCGAGCAAAAGUAUGUUGGCGUGGACUGGAUUAGCAAAACUGCGGGGAAAGAGCCACAGAACUUUCAAAGCGACUAAGGAUAGUUCGCGGUCAAAUUGGUAAGCUAUCUUCGGCAUCAUCGAGCGCCUGCGGCAGAUGCCGAUGGUGAUACAUAACAAGUGCUGCGAUGCUCUGAAGGUUGGCCACGAUCAACCCAAACGCUUAGAGAGCACAUCACGGUAAUCUCGUUCACCUCAAGUGUCAUGUCGCAUCUCCAAUACUACGCAUACCCCGGCAAGGGCGAAUCAGCGAAGAAGAACUUCAAGUACAGCCAAGCAGUGCGUGUCGGUGAUCGCAUCGAGUGUGCAGGUCAAGGUGGAUGGGAUCCCCAAACCAAAGUCAUACCCGAAGACAUCAACGCACAAAUCGACCAAGCAUUCGAAAACGUAGAGCUCGCUCUAAAGAAUGCUGGGGGGAAGGGGUGGUCGCAAGUAUUCCGCGUAAACUCUUACCACAUCCCCAUGGAUGAUGAGGCGCUGAGCGCUAUGGUGCGGAACUUCAAGAAAUGGGUGCCGGAUCACGAACCUAUUUGGACUUGUGUUGGUGUUGUGAAGUUGGGCGAGGAUGCCAUGCGGGUGGAGAUCGAAGUAUCAGCGCAUGAUGCCAAUUAGGAUGAUAGUAGACUGAUAUCCGACAAGAGGAUUUGGAUGAGACCCGUGACGAAGAAUCUACUGAAUGGAGUCUGUUACAAAUCCUAGAAUUGAAAAAGUGGAAUCUUGCAUUAUGAUCGGGGGGCAUGUAAUGACUUCCAUGUUCGAAAGUAGACGAUCGAUACAAAAUGAUGCAGAGGAU